UUAGAAAUGAUGCUAUGGCUUCUUAAGACAAUGAACUUGAGAACAUGUUGUUUCAAACUUUCUCCAGAAAACUCGGGGCCUUGUUGGGGUUUCUGUAGUUUGCAUUAUAACAUGAAAUGUGGAAUGGAAAAGUUCAGUUUGGCUCAACUGUUAAACUUCAUUUCACGCAGAUUGAUUUGCUUGGCUAGUUUUCGUGGAAAUUUUUCUUCUUUAAAAAUUCCUUAACUUCAAAUUUGUUGUAACUCCCCCCUGGUUGAGUUACCCGUGUCAUUAUUCUUUUCCUCAAAUUCCCGAGUGUUAUUAUAGCAUUUGAUCCUUUGCAAAACCUUCAUAGCAUAUAGAGACUUCACCAAGUCCAACAAAAUUGAGCCAAUGUAUUAUUUGAGUCCCUGAAUUUAAAGCGAGAAUAUUUAUCAGGGGUAUUAUGUUGUCAGUUGGUUCUGAUCUGUGGAUUUGUGUAGUUCGUUGUCCUUGUGUUCUGGUCUAGUCAUGGACCUGGAGAGAGAGAGAAUUAAAAGUGGAUGUCAGAAGAUCCUGGAAGGAAUAGAUUCAAUGUCUUUGGUAAAUUUAGAUGACCAGCAAGUACAUUCCUUGGUGAUGAUGAGAGAAAUAGCCCGUGGGGUUGUUGAUGAUCGAGAGAGAAAGGUGACGAAGAAUGACGUGAUUAGUGCUUUGCGCAACAGUAUUGAGAAAAUGGUGUCUGCAUCCAGGGAUAUUAUUGAAGUAAUAAGCAGGAUGUCGUUUGAAGGAUUAGAUGACCAAAGAAUGCGUUUAGUAUUGAGGAUGAAAGAAAUUGCACAUGGGGUUGCUGAUAAACAAGCAAGAGUUGCAGUAACUAGGCAUGACAUACUUGCAGAACAAGUUGGAGUUGGUUAUGAAGGGAUAGGAUAUAGUCCCAUGGCUGAGUCAGCAAAGACCAGCAAUGGUGAUGUCCUGAUAGAUGGGGAGCAAAACCUAAUAAAUGAAAAUGAGAUGUUGGAGGUAGAGCAUGUUUUAGGACUUGAAAAUGGAAUAGACGAAAUACAGGAGUCUCUGUUGCCAUCUUCCCUUCAGCAAUUUCUUCUGUGGCCUCCAGAUGAUUGCAUCACCUUAGAGUGGGUUCAAGACAUGAUGUUCAGCCUUGAGCAGGCUUCGCGGAAGAUGUUGCCAUCUGAGGUCUGCCAUGUCAUACCAUCGAUUUUGGUAGAUAAAUUAACUGACACUGCUCACAGUAUACUAUCUGAAGAACCAAACUGUGUGGAGAUCAACUGUCAAGAAGAUUCAAGGGUCAUUGUAGUAGGCGACAUCCAUGGGCAGUUUUAUGAUCUACUGUUUCUUUUUAAGCAUAUUGGAAUGCCUUCUGAGAGCCAGUUCUAUGUUUUCAAUGGAAAUUAUGUAGAUAAAGGAGCAUGGGGCAUGGAGGUUUUUUUGGUCUUGCUAGCUUGGAAGGUCUUGAUGCCUCACAGAGUAUAUCUACUCCGUGGAAAUCAUGAAUCAAGAUAUUGCACUGCAAGAUAUGGUUUCAAGAAGGAGUUGCGGACGAAAUUUGGUGACCAAGGUGAAGAUGUAUAUAAUAGAUGCCUACAAUGUUUCAAGGAACUUCCAUUAGCUUCAGUUAUAGGUGGCUGUGUUUAUACUACUCACGGAGGGCUUUUUCGGAGUAUAAAAGCUGCUCCUCUGCGAAAGCCAAAGCGAAAGAAGACACAAAGAGUGGAUCUUGGAUCUUUAACUGAGUUAUCUGAAGUUAAAAGAUCCACUGUAGAUUGCCCUUAUGAAGGUCCUAACAUAUUAUUGAGUGACAUUCUUUGGUCAAAACCAUCUAAAAAGGAUGGCCUGAGGGAUAAUACAGGUCGGAAAUUGGGUCUAUGGUGGGGUCCUGAUUGCACUGAGACUUUUUUAAAACAGAACAAAUUGAAGCUGAUCAUCAGAUCACAUGAAGGGCCCGAUGCAAGGGUUGGUCGGGAUGAUUUUGGGGAUAUGUUGUGUGGAUACAGCUUGGAUCAUGAUGGACAAUCAGGAAAACUAUAUACACUUUUCAGUGCUCCUGACUACCCACAGUUUGGUAAGAGGAGAUAUAACAACGAAGGAGCAUAUGCAAUAUUGAAAUCGCCUGAUUUUGAAUGUCCUAGCUUUCACUCAUUUAAAUCUGCAGAAAGACCAAAGGUGGAUCCUUAUAUUGAUUACGAUGCUGAUGAAAUGGACUUUAGCAAACUAGACUCUCCGCCAAUGAAUGCACAGGCCUCAGCCCCUGGUAUUUCAGCUUCUCAAAGAUCAUAUCCAGCAGGCGUGACACCAGAGUUUGACUUUGGGGCAUUGGGCAUUUAUAAUGCCCCUUCUUGGACUGUUCAGCUUCCUGAUGGUUCAGGUGGCACCCAAGUUGUGCAGAUUCCAAGGGCUCCUUUGGCGGAAGGACUUCCUCUUCCUCAAAACAUACAGGAACCUCAUAAGGCUGCUUAUGAGUAUUUGUUUGAGCUCAUUGCUUCCUUAAAACUUAUGCUUAUGACCAGGGAGCCUGAUAACCAGGCAAGUCAGACAGCUUUGCGAAGUAGAGCUAGGAAACGAAAAGGAGGAAGCGGUAAUUAAAUAAGGUAGUGGCCAAAACAACAUUCUCCUUUUGGCCAGGCAUUGGGUACUCUUCAUGUUGUUAUUUAGCUGUUAUAUUUAGAGUAUAUACUUGUCUUCUAUGUAAUAGUCUUGACUCAGUAGUUCUUGCUUCACAGGGACAGUGAUUUCUAUCACUUUACUAUCUUUUGGAUUGAGAAUUGAUCAAGUGGUGGAAAUAUAUGAAUUUGGGUCAUUACGUUUAGGUGUCUGUGAAUUAGGAGAGAUAUAGCAGAGAAAGGGCAUAUAGAAUCCACUUGAAUUCUGCC